GCUACAGUUCGUGUGGGCGGCUCCCGCGCGGCGGAUAAAAAGGGCGCUGCGGUCUGAAAAUCCGUUUUCUUGAAUCUUAAGAAUCACCGACGCCGUCGUUCGCUCAAACAGUCUAGCCUACGUGUCUGCUGAUCAGUCUAUCUGGAUAUUUUCCUGCUUGGGAUCAGUUGCCGAGAAUAUUGGACAUGUGCACGUGGAACUAUGAGAACCCCUUUCCUUCCAACCGAAGUAAGAUAAAAUAGGAUUUUGUGCACAUUGGAUUAACCUCUCUCUUUCCUUAUGAAGAAGGCAAAAAUUUGGAUAACAGCUUGUGUCGGCAUCUUACUCUAUACCACGUUUGCUGCAUGUUCACGAGGGACUGGAAGUCAAAGAAUCGACGAUGAGGAAAGAAUCUCCUUGCUGAAACAGAAUAUACCGAAAAAUUACAAGAUCCCAGUGCGCUUCGUUCCCAGAAACAUGAGCGGGAUGUGCUGGGUGGAACUCAACACGUUUCCCCUGGAGGAGAGCUUGAAGGCCCUGGCGGCCACGUUCGGAAACGCCUCCUCCAACCGGAACAACAUCAGCAUCUUCGUCGUUAGGCUCCAGAACGUGCGCUUUCACAUGCGCGCCACCAUGGAGACCACGAUGGAGGACUUCAAGUGCCACUACAGGAGGGAGGAGUGGCCGACGGAGGACUUCUUCGACUACGUCCGGGACUUCCUGAGCGUCGCCGAAUCGAAGGAGGAGGGCGAGGAGGGCGAGGAGUGCGAGUCGGCCCCCUGCGCGACGACCGCGCCCGCCGCGCCCACCCAGCUCCCCACGGAAGGACCUUCCACCACCUCCCCGGUGAAAGUGGCUGACUGUUUGCCAGCGUCAGACUGCCAGACAAGAGUGGAACGGCAGUACCUUCCGGAAGAAGCUCAGAAGAGCCUGCUGUCCCUGUUCCUCGUGUCAGUAGCUGCGAACAUCUGUUUGUUAAUUUGGAUGGUAAGAGGAAGAAGACGACGCGGCCCGGAGAGAAACGCCGAGAGCGGACGCUUGUUCCUGGCGGCGGAGGAGAACAGGCCCCCCUCGAAUCACGGAACAUCGGAAAAGAACAGGUUGAACGCCGUGAAUGCGAUUUAAUCUCCCCCGCUGCGAGAAAUUCGGUCACUGUAUUGAAGCUCCCUUCACAUACAAGAAAAAGAAAAAAAAAGCAGCUCAUUUCUUACCGUUCUGUGAAAUGAAGGACACGCUUUGGUUUUUCUCGUCUAAGAACUUCUCUCCGACUUUGCCACGGACUACCAGGACUGAGCGCCCAGACUCAUUCCCUUUCUUUCCUUGG